AUGUCAUCCUCACAAAGUAGAAUUGCCCAGCUGUCAGAAGCUAUAGCUACCCACUCUCGUCUAGUUGACGAAUAUCUCUCAAAGAACAACCUGCCGCAGCCCAGCUUUGACGCAGAUGGUCCCAACAACUUGGACCUCCCACCUGAGAUCGAGGCAUCGCGUGCCCAGGUCCUUGCAGCAACACGAGAGCUCAAUGAUCUUCUUCAAGGUCCGCGAAAUCUGCUUUUCAACCAUGAGAAUGUCCCCAUCUUGGGAGGAAUCACUUACAAAGAACUGGCAGCAUCGAUCGGUGUCAACUGCGACGCUGUCUGCCGCAUCCUUCGAUUCGGAAUUGCUUUUCGGAUUUUCCAGGAGCCACAGCCCGGUACCAUUGUGCACUCUGCAGCUUCGAGGCAGAUUGCCGAGGAUGGGGCAAUGGCCGACUGGGUCGGUUCCAACGUGGAUGACAUGUGGCCAUCCGCUCAAAAGGUGGUAGACGCCUUGAAACAAUGGCCGUCGGCGGACGAACCGGAUCAGACGGGGUUCAACGUGGCCAACGGGACGAAAGAAGUUUUUUACAAUGCGCUCUCAAAGGAUCCGGCUCGAGCACGCCGUUUCGGAGGCGCAAUGAGCUUCUUCACCACCGGCCCUGGGUAUUCCCUGGACCACCUGGCCGAUCAUUAUUCUUGGGCCUCACAUGGUUGUGGCACUGUCGUUGAUGUCGGAGGAUCUCAUGGCGAUACGGCUUUCGCCAUAGCACGCAAGUUCCCAGACCUGAACCUAGUUGUCCAAGAGCUACCCGGAGUUGUUGCAAACUCACAGAAGCAGGUUGGGCUCAAUGUCCGCUUCAUGCCAUAUGACUUUUUUGAGGAGCAACCAGUCAAAGGGGCCAGUGUGUACAUCUAUCGGCGGAUUCUUCACAACUGGCCAGAUAAGCAUUGCAUCAAGAUCCUGAAGGCUUUAGUGCCGGCGCUCAAGUCGGGCUCCCGGGUCCUGGUGAUGGACUUUGUGAUGCCACCUCCUUGCGUGAUUCCCAAUGCUGCUGAGCGUAAACUGAGGUAA